CAAAUUUUAUUUGCGAGUGCGUUGUUGUUGCGGCUUGUGCAAUAAAUUAAAUUAUGAUGUCCAACAAGAGGAACAAGGAUAUUGAGCAGGUUGAGAGCGAAAGUGAGGAGGAGCAGGACUCCGGCAGCGAGAAGGAUUCAGACUUUGAUUCUGAUGGAAACUACAUCGGCGACAAGGAGUUGCAAGCUGACUUUGAAGGCCGCAAUCCAGAAGAUUGUGAUUUCCAUGGCAUCAAGCAACUGUUGCGCCAACUCUUCCUGAAAUCGGAUGUUGACUUGGGAGGUCUUGCUGAGAUUAUAAUUUCGCAAAACUACGUUGGCAGUGUAGUGAAACAAUGCUUGGACAACGGACAGGAGGAUGAUGAUGAUGAAGAUGAUGGCAGUGACGGAGUAUUUGGAAUUACUACCAUUAUCAAUAUAACAAAAAGAAAAGAAGAAAAAUGUAUUCAACAAAUUAGAACUUUAUUGACAACUUUAGCAGAGGAAAAUGCAAAUGACAGAACAAAAGCACUUAUCAAAAAGAUCUUGUCUGAAGAUGCCUCACAAGUUGGUCUUGUUAUAAAUGAAAGGAUCCUCAACAUUCCAGCAGCAAUCAGUGUGCCACUAUUCUCGUCACUACAGUCGGAACUUGAGAAAGCAGUUAAAAAGAACAUGCCAUACACAUUCCAGUACCUGAUCUGGAUAAGCAAAACUUACAAUACUGGCGUUGAAGCCUCAGAGGUUCUGUUCGCGAACCAAGAGGAGAAACCGAUAGCCGAUGAAGCGCUGGGCAGUUUUGACGUGGACGUGACGGAGCAGGCAGACCUUUCGCAAUGGGACUACGAGGGAGGCGCUCUCACGCCUUGUAGGAAGGUACUAAUAUUCGAAGGUUCCAAAUUCAACAACCUAGUUAGACUUAUAAAAGAAGAGGUGGAGUCCGUCUGAGCCGCUUUUGUAUCGCCGCCGAUGACAUAUUUAUGCCAUUCAAUACAUUGUAUUUAUAUUUUUACUAUUACUACUAAAUAUAAGCUUUACACAUAA